AUGGACUCUGAUGACUCAGACUGCGACCUCAACCCCACUUUGGAUGUUAACAUGAACGACAACAACCCUGCCUCUAUUAAUUCUGCCUCUGAAAAUCCUUCCUCUGCAAACCUUGCACCUGAUCAUGGAGCAAACCCUGACCCUUUCACCUCCGAUGAAGGAGGAUUGCAGACACUAGUCCAAAAAAAAAAAAAAAAAAAAGAAGAAGAAGAAUGCCAAGAUGAAAAGACGCCUUUGAAGAAGUUCUUGCCAGAUGCAACGUGUGAAGGGGAAAGGGACGUCUUGCCAACAAAACGUGUAGGAUUUUUCAACUUCGUCAGCGUUCACUGGAUGACAUCACUCAUGUGGAAGGCUUACAAGAGGAAGUUGCGGGACGAGGAUCUGUGGUCGCUUCCGCCAGAAGAGACUUCGGAAGUCAACGGAGAUCACCUGGAAAAGCUGUGGAAAGAAGAGGUAGAACUGGCAACGAAGUUCCGCCGGCGAGCUAGGCUUUGGAGGCCUGUUUGGUAUUUCGUUCGCAGGAGGUUAUUCAUGUGCCAGGCGCUCACCGUUCUAAUGGACCUGGGAGCAUUCGCUGGUCCUAUAGUGUUUCUUCAGAGCAUUCUGAACUACAUCGACAGCGUUGGCAUCAGUCAUCUGUACGGCGCAAGUCUACUCGUCGGCAACGUGUUGAUAGCAGUCUUCCUGCCGACGAUGUUCCUGAACAUGAACUAUCUCUUGGGUAUCCACAAUAGUUCAAGACUCGGUGGAGCACUGCAAGCUCUUGUAUACAAGAAAAUUCUCACGCUGAGAACACGAGGAGACCUCGCAGCGCAGCUCAUCAACUUCUCCUCGAGCGACAUGGAGAGGAUAUUUGAGGCUUGUAUGUCCAGCGUCUUCUUAGUUGAAGUUCCAGUCAAUUUUCUAUUGUGUCUGUGCUACUGCGUCUUCGCCUUCGGUCCCUGGGCAGCGGUCGGCUUCAGCGUCUAUGUGCUCGUGUAUAUCAUCAUGGUUGUGCUUGCCAAAUGCCAAAAAGACAUCCGCGAGAGGACCAUCUUGGAGACGGACGCCCGCGUGAGUCUCAUGAGCGAGAUCCUGAACAGCAUGAAGCUCAUCAAGAUGUUCGCCUGGGAGGAACCUUUCGCCAAGAGGGUUGCAGGAAUCCGGGAGAGGGAGAUGAGGAAGCACCGCCUCGCAGCUCUGCUCAAUUCAGUCACCAACACCCUGACCCCUUCUGUCGGAAUCUUGGCCACCAUAGCUACGACGCUGAGUUUCACAUUUACGGGAAAGGCCAUAACAUCGUCUGAAGCCUUUACAAUACUAAGCCUGUUCACAAUGAUGGGGUAUACAGUGAGUAUCUUACCGUACGUGAUGAAGUGCGUAGCGGAGGCAGAUGUUUCUCUAGCAAGGAUGGAGAGCAUCCUGACUUUGUCCGAGCACAAAAAGGUGCCACAGUGUAAAGACAUUUCAGAAUUUGCCAUCCAGAUUCAGGAGGCUGCCUUUGACUGGGAACCUGAUGGCAACGGUAUUAUGGAUGAAAGAAGUGAGGAUCUUCACAGUGAGAAAAUAGAAGUUUCCAGGAUGUUAUCCCAGGCCCUUCUAACUACAGGUCCAGCCGUCACAUCCCUAACUUACCGCCAGCGGAAAAGCUUCCAGAUUCCUUCCAAGCUGUGUCAAAUUAACCUCAGCGUCCCCCAUGGAAAACUCGUCGGGGUGUGCGGGGUUAUCGGUUCGGGAAAGAGUUCGCUCAUUUCUGCUAUUUGUGGAGAUAUGCAACUCAAAGGCGGGUCCAUGCACGUCAACGGGAGAGUGGCCCUGGUGACGCAGCACGCUUGGAUUUACAAUGGUACCCUUCGGGAGAACCUCCUGCUAGGGGCGCCGUUUGAUGUGGCCAGAUACAGAAAAGCCAUUCAGGUUUGUUGCCUGCAGCCCGAUCUCGACCAGCUGCCUGCUGGCGAUCUGACGGAAAUCGGAGACAGAGGAAUCAACCUGAGCGGAGGUCAAAAGCAGCGCGUGAACCUUGCCCGAGCUGUUUACAGCGACCGCGACAUUUAUGUGAUCGAUGACCCUCUCAGCGCUGUGGACGCGAAAGUUGCCAACUCGAUCUUCAACGGCUGUAUUAAGGGUCACCUGAAAGGCAAAACUGUACUUCUGGUCACCCAUGCACUGCAUGUUCUCGAGCAAUGCGACGAAAUCGUGGUGAUGCAAGACGGAAGAAUCAUUGAAAAGGGAAGUCACACUCACCUCUUGGGUCGUCGGGGGAACUACUCGCAAAUGGUCCAAGGAAUAUUGUCCGGGGAGAGCCAGAACUCGGAAGUGAGGGCCGCAGAGGGAGGAGAAAUAGAAUCCGAAGAGAGCCUCGGGCUGAAGGGGAAACUCACCAGUGAAGAGACGAGGCAAAGCGGAGUUGUGGCCCUACGAGUUUACACAAGUUUUAUAAAGGCCUGUGGUGGGUGGCCAGUGGCUUCUGUCCUCAUCACAGUGGUUGCAUCCUUCGUUGUCAUUAGGAUACUGAGUUCGGUUUGGCUGAAGAUCUGGCUGGAUGAGGGAGAUGGGCUCAGUGCCAGUCGCCUUCAAAACGCAACCGCACAGAACCUGACGCUUUCGGAGGAGGAUCUAAAAGGAAGCAUCACCGACAACCCAAGGCUUUGGAUGUACCAACUGGUCUACGGCGUCUCCUUCUGCGCCCUCGUCGUUGUCGGUCUUGUCAAGGGAAUCGUGCUCACCUUCAGUCUGCUCAGGGGGGCAUCUACUCUACACAAUGACAUGUUCAGGAGUAUCCUCUUUUCUCCUAUGAGUUUCUUCGAUACGACGCCCUCCGGAAGGAUCCUGAACAGGUUCUCCAGGGAUCUGGAUGAACUUGACGUCAGAAUUCCGUACUUCCUCGAAUUCCUCGCGCAGGGCAUUUUGGGAACUCUUGGCCUGGCAAUUCUGAUCUGUACCAUCUACGUCUGGUUUACUGCUCCUCUGCUGACGACGGCGUUUGUGCUUUGCCUCCUCGACUCGUUCAUGAAUGCCGGAGUGAGAGAACUGAAGAGAAUUGAUAACUUGAGGAAGUCUCCAGUUAUUCAACACAUCGGGUCCUCUCUUGCUGGCCUGUCUGUCAUCAGGACUUUCGACCAGCAGGAUCUUUUCACCAGGAGAAUGUACCAGUACCUGGACGACCACACCGCGGCACAACUCGUCUACAGACUCUCGACCCAGUGGUACGUCUUCAGGAUGCAGAUGCUGUUUCUGUUGCUCAAAGCCUCUCUCACUGGGCUGUGCAUCUUCACCAAAGGUUUGGUUACGACAGCGACUGCAGGUCUCGCUCUUUCAGUCAUGACUCUGGUAUAUAAUGAAUUCAACUACUUAAUGAAAGUGAAAGCCGAGUUUCUGUCGAGAUUCACAGCCGUGGAACGCCUCGUGGAGUAUUCCCAGGAUUUAGUGAGUGAGGCACCUUCGGCAAAUCCAGAGGCCGCUCCAGAAGGGUGGCCAGCCCUGGGUAAAGUACAGCUGAAGGAGGUGAGCUUCCGCUACCGCCCCGACCUACCUCUGGUUCUACAGAAUAUCGAUGUAGUCUUCGAACCAGGUCAGAAGAUUGGCGUCGUAGGCAGGACAGGCGCAGGUAAAUCCUCGCUUAUCGCCGCUGUUCUUCGCCUGGUGGAAGUGGAGAGCGGUCAAGUUCUCAUAGACGAAAUCGACAUUUCCAAUUUGAGUCUUCACUCCGUCCGGUCAGCUGUUUCUGUCAUACCUCAGGACCCUCUGCUCUUCCAGGGAUCGAUCAGGUACAAUUUAGAUCCUUUCGAAGAGCACGAUGAACCUGCCAUUUGGGAGGCUCUCGAGCAGUCCAGCCUGAAGAGAGUUGUACAGCAGCAGGACAAAGGGCUUAUGUCGACUGUGGCCACAGCAGGAGAGAACUUUGCCCUGGGGGAACGACAGCUCAUUUGCCUCACAAGGGCCCUGCUUCGCAAAAGUAAGAUCUUGCUGCUCGACGAGGCGACAGCUUCCGUUGAUUUGGAAACCGACCAGAUGAUUCAGUCGACCAUUCGGAAGGCUUUUGCGCAAAGCACUGUCAUCACCAUUGCACACAGACUCAACACCAUCACCAGCUACGAUAAGGUCUUAGUCUUACAGGAGGGACGAAUGAUAGAAUUCGAUACUCCAGAAGCUCUCAUACAGAGACAAGGAUCCCUUUUCGGAGAGAUGAUGGCCGCUAUGGGAGUCACAACAGUCGACCAGAUGAGGACGCAAACUUGAUCAAUGACAACCGGACCUCUGUUGUGACAUGGCCGGUAGGAAAGGGAAAAAGUUUUCACCCAACAACUCCCGAAGUCUUUAUGUAUAUGU